CUCGGGAUACCGGAGACGGUAGGAAAGCUGCAAAGUCAGUUACCAGCAUCGUUCGUCAGCAGAAAGGCGCCAUCUAAUGCCAAUGGUUUCGCAUUUUACUGCGACGCUAGUUCCCUUGUUUCACCGAAAGUGCAGUAGCCAGUGCAAAUUCUGCCUUUGACGAGACGAGGUGAAUUUUAUGUUGGGAUGGAUUGAAUUAUUUUACGACAAUAAAUAACAUUGUGGAAGGCCCCUAGUGGCAAGAUCGGCAGUGAACUUAUCAAUGAUACACCAGUGUAGUGAAUAUUCCUGUGUAUAUCCGAGUAGGACAUACUGAGGCGGAACAAUUUCUGUCUCAAAAUUUAUCGGACAGAAACAGUGAUGUGAUUAUUACGAGUUGUAUUUAUUUUAAUUUUAUUUAGCGUCACUUUUGUGAUUGACAGUAGGGAUCAAAAUAGCACAAACUGGUUCGGACAAAUUUUAAUUCGACAGAACUUUGACAAAAUACUUUUCUCUUGUUCGUUUUUUAAAUAUUGUUUUGAAAAGAAAUAAUUCCGUAAGGCAUCAGUUCCAUUUUUAUUUGUGUUGUACUCUGUAUAACAAAACGAAUUAGAAGAGUCACUUACCUUUGGCAGAGGGAAAGUUGCAUCUGCCUAAGAGUUGGGCAGAGAUUGCCAGCCAUUUGGUCAUAAUAUAGUUGAAGAAUCUGAAUACUGAGAGAGAUACAGAGAUUUCACAAAGCAUUUUCUGUAAUUUUGUACCAGUGCUACCCUCCAGGUUUCUCAUAAGAAUAUUUUAUUAUUUGAAAUUGUCAUACAAUGGCAUCGCACAACUCAAGUGACAACCAGUCCACUCCAUUUAUGACACUGUAUGUACGUGCUGGACGUGAUGGUCGAUCUUUGGGAGCGUGCCCAGAUAGUCAGCGUUCCAUCUUCUUGGCCGAACUUAAAUCUCUUUCUGGUGACACCAAGCCACCUCUCAAGUACCGCAUCAUUCCUGUAUGUCCUUCUCGACCUCCUCCGGAGUUCACAUGCCUCGGCGAAGGUGGAGCAAGACUUCGCCUUCCUGCUGCAAAGUUGUAUGCCGGGCCAUGGGGUCCGGAGUCAGUUGUUGACAGCGCAGAUGACAUUACUGCUCUUCUCGAGAAAUACUUCCCAGGUGGUGUUGCAAAAGCUGCUACACCUGAGCUGGAGGCUGCUGCGGAGCUAGCGACCAGGGACAUGUUCUCCCGCUUCUGCUACUUGGUUCGCGGCGUGGUGCGCGACACAUCACAGCUGGAGGCGGAGCUGCGUAAGGCAGAUGCGCACCUCCUGGGGCUGCGGGGGCCAUUCCUAACGGGCGCCGCGCCCACCUUGCUGGACGUCGAGGUGCUGCCCAAGCUGCAUCAGGCGCGCGUCGCCGCCCACACCAUCAGGGGUUACGAAAUCUCGGCUGAGCUGACCGGACUGUGGCGCUGGCUGCACGCGGCGUACUCGCUCCCGGCUUUCGUCGCGUCGUGCCCGUGUGACGCGGAAAUCACGCUGCACUGGCUGGACGCGCUGGGCGAGUCCACGGCAAGCCCGGAGCGGCGCCGCCAGAUGCGGGCCCUGUACGAGGGCGGCCCGCGCUUUUCGCUCACCGUUCCCGUCCGCGCCACACCCAUCGUCAUAGAGUAGAGGGCGACAGUUCUCCGUUCUCAUCUGCCGUUACUGUGACAGUUAUUAAAGAAUUUACUGUGUGCCUGAGAGAAAAUGUCAGACAUGGGUAAAAAUAAAGAAAGAUUAGGUACUAAGUGCAUCUGUCACAGAAGGCUUCUCAGUUUUUAAAAACCUAAGUUAAAAAAUAUUUAAUUGGGCACUACGUUACUUUCUGUAUAAACAAUCACUUCCUCCGUGGGUAGAUCUGAGGUGUGUAUACCUUUCGUGUCCCAAAAAUCUGUCAGACCGUCUUUGACUAUGUUUUUUAUGAUUUCAUCAUGAGUUUGAAUUUUAAACGUUGUGACUAAGAUUGUGAUAUUAUUUUCAUUCUUUUUGCUUGCAAACAUUGUCAGAACAUAUCUCAUUUAAAGAAUAACACCCAUCAUUGCUGUAUUUAUUGAAAUCACAAUUUUUGCCCACAUUUGGCUGAAAAAAGCCUUGUACCACUUUCAGGUGAAUGGGAAAAUAUACACUGAACGCAUUGAGGGAGUGGCUAUGGUGGUCUAAUUUCUGCCCGUAGAAGCCCCAGGUUCAGUCCGACAUAGGGAGGAGAAAUUUUCCUCGUCCCACUCCAGUACGGCCUCAGGUCUACUUAACAGACUAUCAGACGUGGGCUCGCUGGUCUUUCCUGGGGAUGAAAGGAUGUGGGCUGCCACCCUCCGUCGUAGUGCCACGGAGGUAGGCUUUACUGUACCUACAAUCGGGCUAAUAGCCUCAUUCUCAGCUUGCGCCAUAGUCUUUUUUGUACGUCGAGAGAACAAAAAAAUAUACUUUGCGCACUUGAAAAUGGCUCAAAGCCAAAAUCAUUCAGUUAUAGUAAAUUGACCUACUCUUAGCCAUAAAUGUAACUGAGGUGCAUGAUGAAAAUUCCUUCCCCCUUUUUGUUUUAUUCUGUGGGACUCAAAAUGCAAAAACUAAUGAGAAGCCAGUAUUUAAAACUCGUACUGUGUGGAAGCAGGUUUGGCACUAUUAGUAGAUAAUCUGUGCCUACUCAGGCAUUUCUUGUUUAAUACAAAUUGGGCAAUGCCCCUGAUCAUUGCACAUUCAGUGACGACUGCCACAUUUUUACCAACUGGUCACCAUCGUGCAGUGUGAGAUCGGUGGAAGCACAGUGUCUUAAGAAACUACUUAAUUGUAUGUAACAGUACGACAGUUGGCAACCACACCUAGCCUGGUAUUCAGCUCUUACAUUGCCCAGGUUCAUACAUUAUGGUGUCAGCUGUCUAAGGACAUUUGAUUAUGCUGUUUUCUUUUACUCCCUUGCCUGUUAAUGUGCCUUUUAUAGUGUUGUCCUUUUUAGUUGCUGUUUUAACAUUGUGCCUCGCAGUGCAUUCAUAAUUUAGUCUGGGCGGUAAUGACCACUGUAGUUCUGCACGCUAAAACCACAAAAAGAAAAAAAAAAGAAAAAAAAGUCACAAGCACCCUUAUCUGUGCUGUGGUAGUUGUUCGAUCUGCCACUGCUGCCUUUACAAUACAGUGAUCCCCAUGGACAUCUGUGGUAUGUGGGCGUCCAGAAUCACGUCUGCAGGCAUGAGAAUGUUCAUUUGACCACUGAUACCAGCAUUGUAUCACAACUGAUGCAGCACGUCCAACUUAGUGUGGCAAUUCUCCAAAAGGAUCGGCCCGCCACUCGGAUGGUCACAAUUUGAUCCCUUUCGAACACACUCAUGUGGUUGUAGAAAGCAGGACUGCAUCUCCUUGGCACAGUUAACUUCUUGCUUCACAUGUUUGCACCAAACUGAGCCUUCUCCUAUUAAAUGGUAGAAACCUGUUCCCUAUUAAAGGGUAGAAACAGAUGGUGCUCUGGAAGCUAUGCCACUAUGGUGUCUGUUGGCAGAUGAAGUUGAAACCUUUAUCAGUACAUCUAAAACCCUCUCGUGUGGCAUAUGCCGUCAUUGGUUCGAAAUCAGUGUCAUCUUUCCUGUUGUACUACUUUUUUUCCAGCAGAGUAUCUCCAAAAUACUGCGAGUUUCAAACGAGUUAUUGCCCUUCAAAAACUUGAAGAUGCACAGCAGAUUUUAUGUUUGCAUUGUGUUGCAGACAUUGAUAGUCAAGGGAUAGCUGUUGUUAAACUGCUGCAGAGCAAGUUUGAAGCUCAGCAUAAACACGACUUUAAAUGCCUGAACCGGGAAUGUCUAUUUCCCGCAUAUAACACCUUUUCCCAUUCUAAUUAACAUGAAAUGGAUUAAAUGUGAAUAUUGUUGAAUUUUUGUUAAUGAAAAUUCUUUAUU